CUGGCAGCUGUGAGGACAUCACACAGGAAGAGGAGAAAUCAAAUAGGGAAGGGGAAUAAGUGACCAGUCCACUGGAUGGUAGAUAAAGUUGAAAAGGAUGAGGUCUGAUGGAUAUCACAUGCUGCUUUUCAUUCUCUUACUUUUACUAGUCAUUCCUGGAGCAGCAACGCUGGAACCUAAAGGUCCCCCUAAGCUGAUUAGCAUGCCGGUCACUGACCUUGAGUAUAAGGAAGGGGAGACAAUGAAGAUCAGCUGUCUCAUGACGUCCAGACCACGCCCCAUAUUGUACUGGUACAGGCAUGGCCGUCAGAUAUGGCCACAUCAUAGUCCAAGGUACAAUAUAUCUCGUACUACGCUGGUGAUUUCUCCGUUACACUUGAAUGACUCGGGGGACUACUCCUGUCGCGGGAUCAAUCAGUAUGGCAGCAAGGAAGUCAUAUUUACUUUGACAGUUUUGUCUGAGGAUGUAGGACAAGAUGGUGGACAGAAGCUGACCCUAGUCCCCUCAAACAGGACAGCAACCCAGGGCGAGUCCAUCAAACUUGAAUGCAGUGUCUUACUUGACCAGGGCACAUUGAAACACGUCUCAUGGGUCAAGCGUGAUUCUCUCAACCAAUCUAUCACUAACGAUACUGUCAUACAGACAACUGUGUACGACAAUGACGAAUCACCAGUACUCUAUUUACCUAAUAUUUCUCAUGAUGACCAAGGCUUGUACACCUGUAUCAUAAUUAACGAGGGUGUGGAACAUUGUCAUACCUGGCUAUAUGUCACCUCUGGAUCAGGUGAUCAGUCCAUGGAAAGUUCAUCAGUUCACAGUGACAACAUGGUGGUGGUGUCAAUUAUCAUAUCGUUAGUGACACUCAUUGGUAUUGCAGUGGCAGCAAUUCUGGUUUAUCGCAAAUGUAAAUCAACCAGAUUGUCACAUCAGGGUGCAACCUAUUUUACUGUGGAGAAAACAUCUGACAGCACUCAUGAUUUAGUGACAUAAAGAUCCGGACCUGGGUGUUGAAAGGCUGGUAAGAGAUAACCAGUGGUUAGUGAAAAUUUUCAAAUAUGAAUCUAACAAACUUAGGAACAUUUUUUAUCAUGUCAUGUGUGAAGAUUUGUCGAGACACGUCAGAUUGACAUACUUGGAGUUUUAAUUUUGCAUCAAAUACUCUUGUUUUUCAGUGCCAACAAUUUGAAUUUUUCUCUAACCAGUGGUUAACUCUUAACAGUUUUUUAGCAUUGGGACCUGGCUGUUUGAUCAUUAUGAAGAUAUGUAUAAAUCAAAUAUACAAAAAAUCACAUUCACCUAGAUUCACAUUAUAUCCAGUAAAACAGAUAAUGGUUUUAGAAAUACAAAAGUAAAGGGUCAUUUUCCUAAAAUCAGUCUAAGGUUAAAAUAGUUGGAGACAACAUCAUUAUUUGAUUAAAUGACAAUGUAUAAAGCAAUUUCAUUCAUCUAAACACAAGGGAGGUAACCAGCCAUAGGACUAGAUUUGGCAUCUCCUACGAACCCUCAUAUUAUUUGAUUGCUAUUCAAGGGCAAAUGAAUAGUAUUUAUUUUUGAAACUGAAAACCACAGACAUUACGAUUUCCUUACCUCAUAGUAAAAGCAUAAAAUUCU